AUGGUUACCUGUGCAGUGGCAAGUUGUGAAAUGGAUUCUUUCGAGGCUGUUAAAACUGUUCAUGGCAGAAUCUUAUUAUUGGAACCAGAAAAUGUUGCAAGAAAGAUUAUUGGAUAUAUUUAUUUACAAGAAAUUCCUGACCAGGAAAUGAUUCGGUUAGCUUUAGGGCCAGAUAGCUUAAUCCACACGUUGAUACAGAAAGCAAAAACCGCACUUAGGUUAGCACCAGCUGUUUCACCUCCCAUUUCUCCUUCCAUUAACCCGAACCCUAUAUCAGUUCCGUCCCUUCACAUGAACCUCCCUCUACCUGCUUCGCCACGCCCAUUUCCAUCUGUGUCUUCACUUCGGAGGGUAGAUCCUUAUUUGCAUCCUCAGGUAGUUGCUGAGCAGCAGCGAGUGCAUACUUCACCUUUCAAAGUGUUAUCCUACUCUGAUUUAAAUCACUGUUUUCAAAACCAAUUUCAGGGUUUGGAGGAUCAGCUAGAGCUAGCCAACUCUGGGUCAUCAGGUUUUCCUAGUGAUUAUUAUUGUUCAGAAGCUGCAUUCCAUAAUCUGAGUAACAGAGGUUUGAGGAAUUCUCCGAUUUUAGUGGAUUACCCGGUUAAGGCUUGUCACUAUUUCAACAAGGGCUUUUGUAAGCAUGGAAGUAAGUGUAGGUAUUUUCACGGAGAAUAUUUUCCAGAGAGCUAUCAACAUAUGUUUGGUCUUAAUUCUCAUCAAUUUGACAACAAAGAUCAAGUGUUCCAGCCGGGGUCCCUUGAGAAAUUAGAACUGGAAAUCACAGAGCUAUUGAAAUCCAGGAGAGGUCAUCCUGUUUCCAUUGCAUCUCUGCCGAUGAUAUACUAUGAGAAAUUUGGUAAAACUCUACAAGCCGAAGGAUAUUUGACUGAAAGCCAAAGAAAUGGAAAAGCUGGUUAUAGUUUGACUAAACUUCUUGCUAGGUUGAAGAAUAGUAUUCGGCUCAUUGACAGGCCUCAUGGACAGCAUGCGAUAAUACUGGCUGAAGAUGCUCCAAAGUACUUUGACAUCCAGGGUGAAAUAAAUGAUCCCGGUCCGACUAUUAGCAGCUCUCGACAAAUUUAUCUAACAUUUCCAGCUGAGAGCACUUUUACUGAGGAAGAUGUAUCCAAUUACUUCAAUACUUUUGGUCCAGUUCAAGAUGUAAGAAUUCCCUGCCAGCAGAAACGGAUGUUUGGUUUCGUAACUUUUGUGGAUGCAGAUACUGUGAAGUUAAUUUUGUCCAAGGGAAAUCCACAUUAUGUUUGUGGGGCUCGUGUUCUUGUGAAACCUUAUAGAGAAAAGUCCAAGCUUGUUGAUGGGAAAUACCAAGUAAAACUUGAGCAUCCAAUGUAUUAUCACUCGCAACCAAUAGAAAUCGACUCUGAGCUUCUAGAGAAAUGGGAAUCCUCUAGGCUGCUCAGGAGGCAACUAAUGGAAGAGCAUGAAUGGGCCCUUGAACGUGAGGCAUUACGUCUCUCACAGCUCCAGAUAGCACAAAAGCCUCUGAUCAAUCAAUCCUGCUUGGGCUAUUCAGUGGAUGCGCCAAAAAUGCCUGAAGAUAAUUCCAAGUUCUCGUCUGUGCAUUUCAACUAUCUGUUUGAUGUUCUAAACAGUGGCUCUACGAGUGAUGAUAACUCCAAGCCCUUGAUUGCAAAUUACAGUGAUCAAGAGAGCAAUCACGGACUGCAUCUCCCUGACAGCCCUUUUGCAUCUGCAGUUGCUAGCAGCAUUUCUGCAGUCAUAUAG